AUGACUAAGGUAAAUAAUAAUAAUAAUAAUAAUAAUAAUAAUAAUAAUAAUAAUAAUAAUAAUAAUAAUAAUAAUAAUAAUAAUAAUAAUAAUAAUAAUAAUAAUAAUAAUAAUAAUAAUAAUAUUAUUAAUUAA